AUGCCAAAACCUAGUGCCUUGACUUACAGUGGCUCCAACUAUCCUCAGGUUCUUAUUAGAGGACCAUUCUCGUGCUGUGCUGUUGAAGAAAUGGCGUUCUGGGCUACACCAUCUCUAAGCCAGUGGAUUCUUAUCCCUAGAUUUCCUAUUGGUGGAGAUGGAGGAAAUGGGACGAUUACCUGCCUCAAAUUUGACACAGCUUCUGCUGAUGGAUUACUCAAAUUUGAGGUCACUUCCCCAAUGCCAGAACUUCAGUCAUUUCCAGGAGUGGGUUUGCUAUCCAAAACUACAAGGGGCUUCAACAUCUCACCUCUCUUCAAGAAUCAACGAUCAGCAGCUUUGCUAAGCUCCAGGCCAUUCCAGAAGAAGGCUGCCCUCAUCCCUUUCCUUUCUGUUUAUCUUCAAUUGUCCUUCAUUGAAACUAAGGUGUUGGCAGAGAAAGGGGAGGAUUGGCCCAAGAUUUCUCACGGUGUUUCCUUAGAGGAGUGGGACAAGCUGCUGCAGUUCGGAUUGCUUAUGAAGUUCAUAGCUGAAUUUGAGUCUGCUCAGGCACUCCUGCUGCCUGAAACUUUGACAUGCUAUUAUGAGGAGCAGGUGACUGCCUGA